CCCCACCUCUCUUCCAUGUAUAAAACCACCACUGGUUCGAGCCUGCUCUCCACCCAGUCAGCUCUCCUGUCCAGUCCAGCACACACAACUCGACUCCCUCACUUCCCAAACCACUAGCUAACUUGUGUCAAGGAGACACGAUCUUGCGUCCAAGUGUUGGAUCGGCGUACAUGGCAGUAGAGGCCGUUGUCGACGCGGUGGUGAUACCGUCGCCAGCGGGGAGCGAGGAGGAGUCGCAAGCGCGGCUGCAGUGCACCGACGGGUGGGGAAAGCGUAAGCGCUCGAGGCGCCAGCAGCAGCGCGCGCCCAGCGAGGAGGAGCACCUCGCGCUCAGCCUCCUCAUGCUGGCGCGCGGUCACCGCGACCAGCGCGCUUCUUCGUCGCCGGCGCAGGAGCACGCGUGCUCCGUGUGCGGCAAGGCGUUCGCGUCCUACCAGGCCCUCGGCGGGCACAAGGCCAGCCACCGCCCGAAGCCGCCACCGGCAGCUGCUGUCGACGAGCCAGCAGCUUCCCCCGUCGCGUCCUCGUCCACGUCGAGCGGCGCAGGCGGCAAGGUGCACGAGUGCUCCGUGUGCAAGAAGACGUUCCCCACGGGUCAGGCGCUGGGCGGGCACAAGAGGUGCCACUACGAGGGCCCCAUCGGCGGCGUCGCUGCGGCCAGCAGUGGGUUCGACCUGAACCUGCCGGCGCUGCCGGACAUCGUCACCGACCGGUGCAUGCAGGCGGCGGCGGCGGACGAGGAGGAGGUGCUCAGCCCGCUGGCCUUCAAGAAGCCGAGGCUAAUGAUCCCGGCAUGACUGAAUCAUCAAUUGAAGAGUGAAUUGCAAGCUACUCUCGUCCUGUCGGUGUGUUGCUGCUUCGUUGGCUGGUGAUACCUUGCCAGCGGAGUGUAGAGAUCGAGCCGGUGCACGAUCGGUGCCGUUUCUUGUAGAAACGUUUACUUCCAUUGAUUCAUUCGUUUGGUGUAUCAUAAUUGA